UGAUGAAGGCCACUUUUGUUGUGGCGGAAACGUCGUGAUUUUUGUUGUUUUAUUUUUUACCUACGUGACUUUACCGAAUAGAACCAAAGAGUAUGGAUUUAUAGGUGCCCAUUUUCACAAAUUGCAUGCGGUUUGAAAGAUAGGAGUUGAACCAUUUCAACGUGGUGCCUGAGAUCCCCAUCAAGACUUCCAAUCGGUUGAGUAAGAUAUUGUGAUCAAUUAUGUCGAAGGCUGCGCUUAGGUCAAGAAGGAGGAGAGCACUUGGAGAACCUUUAUCAGCAGCAAUUAGGAGAUCAUUAAUUAUUCUUACUAAGGCUGUUUCAGUGCUAUUGUGGUUGUAUAGGCGACCUACCUUGUAUGCCAGAUUUCCUUAGGCGGCUGUGGAACUGCUUAGUGAGCAGCAGAAGAGCAGUGCAGAUACAUCCAUUGUUGUACCGUACUGUGCUUUCAUGUCUAUGUUCCCCGCUUUCACCAAAAUGCACUGACCGGCGUGGUGAAGUAUGGGACGAUAACUCCCACCUCCCCGCACAGCGUGGGGAGGUCCCCUUCCAGUCGUGGAAAUACUGUACAAAAGGGCUCUACAUGUGCAACUAAGUCAUCUACCCAUAUAAGAGUUUAUCCAGAUGCUUUGCAUAUUCGUUGCUGUUUUAAUAAAAAAUGUAAAGCAGCUUUGUACAGGUUUGCAUCAGCACGUUAAAAUCUCUUCAUUCGCGUAUUUUUCUUUCAUGAAAUUCGAUUAUUCGCAAUUUUAGAAUUUGAAUACCUUUUCAAGUUUCACGCCUCUUUUCUCCUCGACUAUUCGCAAUGUGGCAUUAUGUCAGAGGACUGCGUGUAACGCACACUCGACGCGCUCACGCACAGCGCAAAUGUGCGCACACAUUAUUGCCAUGUGCAUAUAGUCGUCCACUUGUUGAGGACGUGUCAUAGGGACGCUUAGAUCAGUGUUCUGAACUAAUUGUCAGAGGGGGGCCGCUUUCACCGAUAAUACAUCAGUGUGAGGGCCACCAUACCGCCUGCAAGGGGUAUUUUCACAUUUAUGUAUUGUCGGGGGCCAAACGUCAGAGGCCGCACUAAAGGCCACCAGCGGCCGCCAGUGGCCCGCAGGCCUUGCAAUGAAGAACACUGGCUUAGGUGAUGCAUGCGAUCAUGUAAAACAUACCCGACACGCUCACGCACAAUGCAAAUGUGCAUCCUCCGUAUUUGCCACAUUUAGAAGCUUGAAGUUAAACGUAGGCUUUCGUGACCAAUAUUAUUCAUAAUAAAGUUUUUUGGUUUAGGUCACAUAAAUAUAAAAGUGUCGCCAGAAUUGUCAGAUUUGUCAAUUCUGGCAAAUCGCUUGAUGAAGCUGGUUGUAUUCACCAGCAAAACGUAGCCAAAUUUUAAAUUUUGUGGAUUUUCUCUGUAUUACACCGGUGUUCUGAAGUUUCAACUAAUUGGCACGUUUUGUUUACGUGACAAACCUUACUAAUUCGCUGUGUUGGGUGCUGGUGGGUUUACGACACAUUUAUAUUUUUGCGAUCUAACCCAAAACAUUUAUUAUGAAUUUAGAAGCGUGUUCACGAUAUAUAUAAAAAGUUAUUAUAAUGACGACUGCCUGUUCUUGUUUCUUGUAAGCGUGGAGGUGAUCACGUAAAGAGUCACAUGUCAGCAUGGCCGUUCGUGAUCUCCAACAGUGCUGCCAGCGUUUGGAUGGAGAGAAAGUGACAGAACGCAAGAAGGAGGCGGAGCGCUUCAGCAGGUUGAUCGUGCUCCCUGACGUGAUCGUGGAGCUGGACCGGUGCUCAGACUUGCGGCCUCCUCGUGGCCUCACCUGGGAUGCUGUCUUCAAAUUUGUGCAGCGUUACAUGCAGCGGGAGACUGAUGCUCUACAGGCAGCGGCCUCCACUGCCUCCACCUCCACCACUGCACGCAGCAACCGCCAGACACGGAGCCGCGAAGUCGCCACGCUCUGCAAGCGCUUUGUGCGCAUCGCCAACCGACGUGGCACGCGACUCAAGUGCUCAGAGCUGGUGCGCCACGUCCUCGAAACCCUGAGCAACAAGUUCGCUCGGAUGCAGUUUGGCUCCGAGUACAUCAUGCUGCUCAUACGCGACGUUCUCUCCGUGCGACGCUACUGGUGUGAAAUCCCUGCGUCCACCUGGGCAGACCUGCAGAAGCUGUGCUGCCGAUUGCUGGAGAGCAAAGAAGAACUGGACCGUGCUGUCUUGGCCCUCGCUGUGCGGUUGCUGCUCUCUGCCUGCAGCUUCCAAUGCGACACACCCUAUCGAGACCUCCCGUGCUUCUCUUUGCGCGCCCUGCAUGCCCUGCGACACGAGCGCUCACCGGACGUUCUGGAACGCACCGCGACAGCGGUGACCGCCUUCCUGCGUGCCGCCGGCGCCAACGACGGGCAGCGGCGGCUGCUGUGCCGCGUGGGCGAGGAGUCGGGCGCCGCGCUGCUCUACGUGUGGCUCAACAUGCGGCCCUGCAGCUCUGCCAAGCGCGUCCUCUGGGAGUUCUUCCUGUUGCAGAUGAGCGCCCACCACCCGCGCGGGGCACGCCACGCUCACCACGGUGCACUUGCGGGCGACAUCGCCGCUUGGCAUCGCGUGCUGGCCCAGCUGUACGACGCGGUGUGCUCGGAGCUGAAGGAGAUGGGAGGUCGCAUCCGUUACUCGGGCCCUGGGCGGCCUGCUCGGUCCGCGCCCUCCCUCCCGCCAGCCUUCGCUGAUCUUGCCGCUCACGUCUGCCAUCAGCUGUUCAACUCGGAGACAAACGUUCUGGAAAUGAUUGAAGCCGGUGGCGGUGGCGGCAACGGUGUUCCUACCAGUGGUGACAGGGGCCAUGUGAACAGCCGCGGCGCUUCUGGGGGCAGUAACGGCAGUCUCUCGGGAACGAGCCGGCGACGGGGAAGCUCGUGGGACACGCGUGACGUGGCGAGCAAGAGGCGCAGGGUGGAUCUGGGCUGGGAGGUGCUGAGGGAAACUUUUCUCAAGUCACAGGUCGACGGGGAAGUCCUGCCCUGGUUGGAGAUCAUGAGCCGUCUCUUGGACAGGCACCCCGACAGCCUGCCAAGGAGUGAGCUGGUUGCCACGGUAACCACUCUAAAUCGGCUGCAGGCCUCCCGGCGUCGCCAAGGAGAUGAACGGACACGGCUGUCCUUGCUGUGCCUGAACCAGUUAGCCAAAAUACAGCCAGUGGAUGUGGGUGUGGAGGAGCGCCGUGUGUGGCGCACGUCGUGGUCGCUUGCACUGCGCUCGCUCCCUUCAGCGCCUGCGUGUGAGACCCGCGCGCUUGCUCUGCUCUCAACGCUGCUGCAGCGCGGACUCGUGCCCCAAGAGCCGGACGCCUGGCGUGCCCUACUCACCUGCCGGCCCUCACGCUCUGCGGUGGAGCUCCUGCUCCGGCUCGUGUCACGGCAGAUGGUGCCAGCAGAGGGCGGCACGGCGGCGGUGGCAGCGCUGGCUGCCAAUUGGCAGCCGGGCUUGGUGUCGGAGGGCAGCGAAAUCACCUCCCAGGAGAGCACCGAGGAGGCGGCGUGGACGGACGGCGACAGGCGGGACCCCACGCUCCGCCGCAGCCUCAUGGCGUGGCUGCUGGCGAGGCAGAGCUCUCCGAGCGAGGAGGACACUGAGAAGAUCGAGCCUCCAGCUAUCUUGCAAGGAAAUUUGCCCCCUUUCCUGGUGUCCCGUGCGCUCGUUUGCCUGACUCUAAAGGAUAACCGGGCUGCAGCUCGGACGAUCUUCUCUGAUACGGAUUUCAGCAAUGAAGACAACACCUACUACCCUCGUGACGAAGGCCUGGAACAAAUGGAGGAGCUCUUCCUUCUGUCCACCUUCGAGGUCUCCGACCCCGAGCCUACACUGCCGGGCCACACAAAUGCCACGCACUUGAGCAUGGCAUCCAUACACACUGGGGUCACGGCCGGAUCAAAGGUCAUGACCCCUGUGAGAUUCACCCUCGAGGAAAAGGUGGUGGCGUUCGCCGAAAACCUGAUUGGAGGCCAGGACGUCCAGCCAGUGCCUCCAGAGUGUUUGGCUCGUGGUGCUGCCUUGCUCUGUGGAUUGGUGGCUGGGUUCCAACUGGCGGGGGCGGAUGCUGAUGAUGCUGGCAGAAAAAGUGUGCUACUUCAGAAAGCUAAGCUACUGAUGCGGUCGGUGGGUGAGUUCGUCAGCACCAAUGUAAACAAGGCGACUGAGAGCCAUGUGGCAUGCGCGAUCAAGUCACUCGUAGUGUCGUGCGCUUCCGCUGUUGAUGCCCUGGACUCCACACAGGAUCCUUUGGGGCAGUUGGCGUCUUCGCUCUUCCUGCUCACCAUCCCUGCGUGUUUCAUCACUGACCUUUUGGGGCUUGUCAAGCAUAUGGACAAGCAAGUUGGGUCAACCGACCUUUUUUCAGAUGAUAUGGACACUAGCACCACAGCAACAAGCUCUAAUUCCAGUGACAUAGAAAUGCUCGGUGACAACUUGGGUCGUGGUGGGGAGAGCUGUGAAGAUGGUGCCGGAAGUCAAGUUGGAGCAGUGCCCCUGUGCGUGCUUUCGGACGAGCUGCUGAGCCGUGCCGAUCAGCUGGCUCUGGACACGACUGCCUUCCUGUGUGCGUGCGCGCGCGGCGCAUCUGUGGCGGCCCGAGUCUCAGGCACCGCCCCCCAGUUCAACCCCAGCAAGCUCAGGUGUGGCCUCCUGACCCUGUGCAGCCCGGCGCAGUUGGACUUCACGAGGGCUGUGCACGUUCGAAUGUACCUCUGCCUGCUUGAGAAAUUUCCAAGUACAGGAGGAGACUCCUUCGGCAUGGACUACAGCUCCUUGCUCACCUCGCUCAGGACCAUUUGCUCGCACUACCGCAGCGAUCAGGAAGUGUGUGCCGCACUGCUGUGCCGGCUGCCCCCGCUCAUUCGUGCUCUGGGCUGCACCUCCGGAUCAGGCCCAGACAGAGAUCUCACAGAUGCCCGUCAGAAACUUCGGGCUGCCCUCUCCGGCUUUUGGUUACUCCGCGGCAAGGGGCAGUGCACAGCUGCAGUGCGAGCCGCCUUGCUUACAUGCAUGGCCAUGAUGCUUGAGGUGGACGCACGGUGCAGGUGGGCCAUCCUGGAGGUCGAGAGCGCCGCCCUGCCCGUCCGAGAGGCUUUCCCAGAGUUCCUGGACGACAGGCAGCACCGUGUGCGCAUGCUGGCAGCCCAGGCGCUCUACAGACUGUUUCUACAGCGGGCGGGUGACAGCCUCUCAGCUGAGUGGCAGCCGCUGCCACCAGCUGUGCAGCAGGACUCGUUUGAGCGAGUACGGGAGAAGGUGUUCACGUGCCUACGCACCGCGGUGAAGGAGCAGGGCACGGACCAACUCGAGGACAAGUGUGUGGAUUCUGAACCCAAUGGCGCGUCGGUGUUACUGGCGGCACUGGGCACAGUGGCUCGCUGCAGCUCGCUGUGUGAGAAGCAGGCGCUGUAUGCAAUGGUGCAGACACAGCUGAGACACGGCGUAGCCAUCACUGUCAUCGCGAAGGCAGUGCGGGUGGUGUCUUUGGCCUUAAACCAGGCCAGUCCGACUCGCUACCUGGAGUCUCAUCUGGGCUACCUGCUACACCACUGGCUCUCGGACAGAAAGACACUGGAGAACUUUCCCUUCCAGCUCUUGGAAUGCGACACGGUGGAGGAGUUUUACAGGAAGCACUGGUUGGAGGUGGUACCACGCCUGGCCAUGCGACAGGACUUUAAUGGCGUGCGUGCGGCAAGCGCAGCGAUGGGCGUGGAUUGGCGCGACGCCCUUGUCCGUGCCUUCCCGCGCCUUUUCACCCGCGUGCUGCCCCUUUUCGUGGAGGAGGGCAAAGGGCAUCCGGCGACGGCCGGGCGGCACGAGAGGACCGAGGCCGUGCAUGUCUACGAAUUCCUGUGCCGCGACGACUGCCUUGGCAAGAAGAAGAUAGAUGAGCUGGUGCAGGCGAACCUGCCUGAGGUCGUGACGGAGUUACUUGGGACCUUGCAUGAGCCCUCGACGUGUGGCGAACCGUCAGAUGUUGGGCGCUAUGCCAGCGAGCUGGACCCCGCUCCAAACCCUCCCACGUUCUCCGCUUACGUGAUUCGUGCCUCCAUGGAAUACCUGGGCAAGUGCCACGGCGGCGUUGGCAAGAGUCUCAUUGGACACCUGGCCCGGACGCCGGACUCCAUCCAGAAGAUCCUCCUGGCCGUCGGACAGCAGGUACAGCUGGCCACGGAUGCCCACGAGCGCCACCGGGUCCUCAUGAUGUACCGCCUGUUCAUCGGGCACCUGCUAGGGGAGCUGCAGGAUGGCCUCGGCGGCUCGGGGGCCUUCGUGCUGCGCGACGUCAUCUACACUCUCGUUCACCUCAUCAACAGCCGCCCCAACGUCCAGGAUGAAACAUCUGGUCGGAGUUUCAGCCUUUGCCUUGACCUCUUAAACGUGUCCUGCCGUGCUGGAGUCACCUGGAGACCAGAGGCUCUGGCUCCACACCUCCACGCCAUUGUCGCUGCCCUCCUGCCACUCAUUACCUGGACAUCCCCACCACAACAAUCAUCAUCAACAUCUUCAUCAACAUCGUCACAAAAAAAACAUGGUUACGCAAGUGACAUCGCAAAGCAGCAGGCCCUGGCUCUGUUGGACUUCUUGGUGAUCGACUGCCAGGCUGUGGAGCCUCUAUCCCGUGCUCUAAGCCGUCUGGACCCAUUCCCACACCAACAAACCCUGGAGCACCUGCGGUUGGCCCAGGAAAGGGUUAAAUACCAGCAUGGAAAGCUGUCCCUGCUGCAGGAGUUGGAGCACUUCCUGUCGGCGGGUGUCUGGCAGGGCCUGGCCGGGGCGCGCGUCGAGGGCGUUCGUCACCUGCAUGUGCAGCUGGCGCAGCGCAAGGAAGAGCUGUGUGGUCUGCUUGCUGCCCAGCAAGAUGCCUUGGAGGGUGGCGUGCUGAUCCGUUUAGUGGGUGGCCUGGUGCGUAUGAGCCGGACUGCCCUCGCCUCUCCAACCGGGGCUGAAGACACUCUGGAGGCUGUUGCUGCCUGCCUUGGCGAGCUGGGUCCCGUCGCUUUCUCCACCACGGCCCUGGAGAGGGAUACUGAGGGCCAGCCCUUGGGUCUGUUGACCUCCAUCACCCCCGAAGACCCCGGAUCCACCACCACACAGUGGACGGACAUGGCCGUGGCACUGCUGAACGACGCACUGACUGACAGCAGUGUGGAGGUCCGAGCAGCCAGCUCCACUUGCCUGAAGGCCGUGCUUGCCACGCGCGCUGGCGCUGAAUUCUGGGAACGUCAGGCAGCCCUACCUGAGACAGAGUUCCUCCUGCAGAUCCUCGCGCCCUUUCGCAACCCUAAAAAGAAGUUCUUGGAGCUGCCGCCCCUGCCGCUGGACGGCCGCCCCUCUAAAGAGCUGGAGAGUGAUGCAUUAUGGGUGCCGGACGGUGGUAGCCAUGAUCUGUGGCUUAAAGGCUUAACGUGUGCACUCAUCCGAGGCGGUGCAGCUCGCUGCGAUGUCUUGCGUCUGCUCGGGCCCAUCUGUGAGGCCAAGGCGGAGGCUUGCGAGCGAGUGCUCCCACUGCUGCUGCACGAUGCUCUCCUGGGCGACGCUGAGGUCGGUGGUAGCUGGAUGCCUCUUAUCUCGAGCCACCUCAUGAGGGCCCUCCAGCCCCCACGGCGGUCCUCGGCACAGGGCUCCUCCAGGCCCACCACGCCAAUGCUCACUGCUGGAGAUGCCUCGGGGGGACAUGUGGACCCGGUGUCUGUGCGUUCUGUCCUCCGAGCCAUCGGUUACCUGCGUCGCCACCAGCGGCCCAGCUCGCAAACGCCCUGGGACAACAACUUCUGGCUGAGUCUCAACCACCUACAGGUGGCGUGCGCGGCACAGGCAUGCGGCGCGCACUUCACCGCACUGCUCUACGCCGAGAUCUAUGCCGGCACGCAUCGGCCCCAGAAUGGCAGCGGUGAUUUCAACAGCCGCUCGAGCCAUGAUGAGGACAGCCACAAGUCACUGCUGGAGAACAUCAGCGAGACAGGGAUGGAUGAGGCGAACAUCAGCCUGCAGGAUCUGCUGCUGGAGGUUUAUAGAAGCAUCGGGGAGCCCGACAGCCUGUACGGCUGCGGGGGAGGUCACCCUGUCCAUGCCCUGGCCAGGGUCCGCACCUAUGAGCAUGAGGGGGAGUGGGAGAAGGCACUGGGAGCGUAUGACCUUGACACUGCGUUGCCCAUGGGCGUCAGGCAAGCGGGGAUCUUACAGGCUCUGCAGAACUGCGGCCUGGACUUGGUGCUGCAACGAUACCUUCGAGGCCUGGAGGAGGAGUUGCCUGAGUGCAGCGCGGACCUAGAGGAGAUGCGCUACCAGGCAGCCUGGCAAGCGGGCCAGUGGGACCGCGAGCCCAGCUCUCGCAGGUCAGAACCCCACAGCCUGGGCUACCACGAGUGCCUCUACUACUGUCUCCAGGCUCUGCACGAUCGAGAGUUCAGCAGCUUCACACAGCACCUGGCAGCAGCACGUGUGCAGGAGAUGCGUGAGCUGAGCGCCCUCAGUCUGGAGUCGGUGCACGCCGUGUACCCGGCGCUCUGCCGCCUGCGCUCGCUCAGCGAGAUGGAAGCCGCUGGACAACGGCUGCACAGCACUGGGCCCGACGUGGACGCGCUGGCACCGCUGCAGGACUCGUGGCGCCAGCAGCUGCUGGUGCUACGGGAGACCGACUUCCGCUACAAGGAGCCCGUGCUCUCGCUGCGCACGGCGCUUCACCGCCAGGCGGCGCCCGAGAGCACGGGGGCCCUCGUCGAUCAUCUCACCGAGCUGGCGCGGCUCGCACGCCUCGCCGGAAAUGCACGCGUGUCGGAAAGGGCGAUACAAGCAAUCAGGCAGUGCCCGAGACGCCCACAUGGGGUCCAUGCCUGGCAGGUGGAAGAUGCUGAGAUGUUUUGGGCCAAACAAGAGCAGGGCCGGGCAAUGGGCAUCAUGAAGGGCCUCCUGGGAACACUUAAAGCCCAGGUGGCAGGCGAGUGUGCGAAGGAGCUGUUAGCACUGUACGCCGAGUGCCUGGGCCGCUAUGGACACUGGCUGGCCGAGACGUGCUCCGAGAGCCCCUCCAUCAUCCUCAGCGAGUACCUCGAGAAGUCGGUGAGCGUGGCGGAGCGUGCGUGGGGUGAUGGCAGCGGCGGCAGCGGCAGCGACGAGGGCGAGGGCGGCCGAGUGUGCAGGGCGGCGCUGUACCUGUCGCUGGCACGCUUCGCCGAUGCUCAGCACCGCAGCAUCGUGGCGUACAUGCGCUCGGCCGAGUACGAGAACAAGCGAGCUCUGCUCCGAAAAGCUAAGGAGGAUGUCACCCUCUUACAGUCACUCAAGCUGCAGCCAUCCAGGUACAUGGUGAAGCUGCAGCGCGAGUGCGAUCUGGACGAGCGGGAGCUGCUGUCACUGCGGCAGGACCGCGAGCGCUUCCUGGUGGAGGCGCUGGUCAACUACGUGCGUUGCCUGCGCAGCGGCGGCGCACACGGGGAGGCGCGCGCAUUCCGCCUCGUCUCGCUCUGGCUCGAGAACUCGGCGGAGCAGCAGGUCAACGACGUCAUGCGGACGGGCGUGACAGACAUCCCUCCGCACAAGUUCCUGCCGUUGAUUUACCAGCUGGCGGCACGCAUGGGCACCAAGAUGGCGGGCGGAGAAGCCUUCCACAGCAUCCUGCAGAAGCUCAUCCUGCGCGUGACGCUCACGCACCCGCACCAUGCGCUGCUGGUGGUGCUGGCGCUGGCGAACGCUGGCAAGGACGAGCUGCUUCAGACAGUGGCAGCCAGGGAUGGUGCACGCGGGGGCAGCCGCUUGAGCCGGGGAGAUAGCAAGGGAUCCUCGGCCCCUAGUGACGACGAUCGCGUCAGGGCAACGCGAGCCCUCGUGGAACAGGUGCGAAAGCAGCAGCCCGAGCUGGUGCGUGACACGGAGAAACUGUGCGACGCUUACAUCAUGCUCGCCAACAUGAACGCCGAGGCCUGGCGCAAGCAGACAAAGGACAUGCUCAUUCCAAAGGAUCAGCCCAUCAAGGAGAUCAGAAAUCUGUACAAAGUUGUUAUUCCCACAUUGGAACUGAAGGUGGACCCGACGGGGCAGUACCCUGAUCUCGUGACGGUGCGUGCUUUCCGGCCACACUUCCGGCUCGCCGGAGGCGUUAACCUCCCAAAAAUCAUCGACUGCGAGGGAUCGGAUGGACGAACAUACAGGCAGCUUGUAAAGGGUCGUGAUGACCUGCGUCAGGACGCCGUCAUGCAGCAGGUUUUCCACAUGUGCAACGAGCUGCUGGCCGGGAGCGCAGAGACACGCACCCGCAAGCUCAGCAUCCGCACGUACAAGGUGGUGCCUCUGUCCCAGCGCAGCGGCGUGCUCGAAUGGUGCGUGGGCACCAUGCCCAUCGGCGACUACCUCGUCCAGAAGGACACGGGCGCCCACACCAAGUACCGGCCCAACGACUGGCCCUCCAUGCACUGUCGCAAAUUUAUGAAUGACCGUAGGAACGGGGACUUGUUCCUCGCCUACCAGGAGUUGUGCCACCACUUCCGGCCUGUUUUCCGCCACUUCUUCUGGGAACGCUUCCUGGACCCGGCCGUGUGGUUUGAGCGACGGCUCUCCUACACGCGCAGCGUCGCCACCUCCUCCAUCGUGGGCUACAUCGUGGGGCUGGGCGACCGCCACGUGCAGAACAUCCUCAUCGACCUCAACUCGGCCGAGCUCGUACACAUCGACCUGGGUGUUGCGUUCGAACAAGGCCGCAUACUACCGACUCCCGAGACUGUGCCGUUCCGACUAACGCGAGACAUCGUGGAUGGAAUGGGCAUCACGGGCGUGGAGGGCGUCUUCCGCAGGUGCUGUGAGAAGACAAUGGAGGUGAUGAGGAAUUCUCAGGAGGCCCUACUGACCAUUGUUGAGGUGCUGUUGUUCGAUCCACUGUUUGACUGGACGAUGAACCCCCUGAAAGCGCUAACGCUGCAGACACGAACCGAGGACGAGACUGAGGGCACCUCCACCAUGGGCCCCACACUGGGGAAAGCGCCUGCAUCUGGGAGAGCCGUGCACCAGGAACGAAACGGCAUGGACCCACAGAGCCUCAACAAGAUGGCAGAGCGCGUCCUCAUGCGGCUGCAGCAGAAGCUGAAGGGUGUGGAGGAGGGCUCGGUGCUCAGCGUCCCGGGCCAGGUCAACCUUCUCAUUCAGCAAGCCACCGACCCCAAGAACCUCAGCCGACUCUUCCCAGGAUGGCAGCCCUGGGUUUAAGGCUUCUUCCACCAAAAGUACCACAGUAGAGCAUCUCGCUUACUCCCACCCCCCAUUUAAGUGGUAUCUGGUGAAAGGAAGGAAGCAAUGGCAUGGCGUGCUGGCAUCAUCGUCAUUGGCCAUGAGGACAUAGUGACCUGGACUUCAGUAAACAGCAACGUGCUACCACAGCAACAAUUAAAAGUUGUGUUUUGCUAUUGUAACUGCUAACGAAGGAGAAGACAUAGAAGACAUAUAGGCAAAUGAUAGAAUAGUGUAAGAGCAGAUAUUGAAAGUUUAAUGUUGACAUUGUAACAAUGGAGCUCAUUGAGCUGUGCCAAACCACUCAGCUCCCAUAGGGUCAUGAGAUAAUCUUCCAGCCAGGGGUGAACUUAGUUCAUCAUCCCUCUAUUUCAUAUAGAAUUUGUACCACGUAAUGAGAAGUCAGCAAUGGCUGUAUCGUGAUACUCUGGUCUUUGUCGUGGGAGUUUGGAAUGUCCUACAUUACCUCGAGGCCUCUAAGGGAAACAACCAUUGCCCAAUGCUUAUUUGAGUGUGAAGACUUCUUUGACAUGUAUUUUGCACUCAGGUGGUUUACUCCAAAGUUUAACCGAAAAUGUCUGUUUAUUUGGAAAUUUUCCACUUGAAAUUGGAAAAAAACUGCCCAGCAGCUCACUGAAUGAUGGAUUCACGUGAAUGUAUCUUGGUGAGCACCUUAGCCUGAACAAAAAACAAAUGUUGCGCAUGUUCUUCCCUCAUAAUAAUCAAAUAAUUUUCAAGGAGCCUUAUAACUGUGCCUUUACUAUUGUAUAUGUUAUCACUGUACUUUAAUAUUCACAUCAUUCUUGUCUUUUAUGAUGAAUUGCACGUAAGUUAUACUUGUAAGACUUUCUGGAUGUGAAAUAUAGCUUUUGUUUAUAUGACACCGCUUGAGAUUAUAUUUGAAAUGUUUUUUUACAAUGUGGCCAGAAACAUGAAUACUCAUGUUGCCAAUUUUUUUUUAGCAAACCAGCCUUUUAUUUAGUACACGAGACUAUUCGACUCCAACAAGCAAAUCUUAGUCAUCGUCGAUGUGAAUUUUACCAACCUUCAUGAGCUCAUAUAUACCCAAAACUAGGCAAUUGAUGGAGAGGAUAUUAAAUUCAGGAUCAUGGGAAUAACAAAACUGCAAGUGAAAAAAACAAAUUUUGAAAGAAUGCAAGAUUCCUGGAUCGAAUUGUGACCCUAAAUUAUCACAAUUUCUCCAGUCACUAAAGGGAUGAAUAUUUACAUUCCUACUUAGAUUUAAUUGAGGUUGACUGGGGGAGAGAUUCGGACGGACAGUUAUGCAUCCACGUGUGAAAAACAGCAACAGCUGCCAUUCACCACUAAGUGGCAUUGACAUAACCAUGGCACUUGUGCCAGGCUAUGUGCACUUUAAGGCCACGUGCAGUGGUGAAGGCUCGCUGGCAGGAGGUCAUGUGACAGGCCCAGGUGCUAUGGGUUGUCUCUGCCCCCUACUGUGCCAACUUUCUGUGUUUUAGCUGCUCGGCGUUCCACUUGUGAGAAUCGCUCCUCCACCCUCCACUGUUCUUGGAGGGUGACUGCCUCCAACUGCGCAGUAGCGUCCUGCCCAGUAGCGUCAUUCAUAUGAGCCUCCUCUAGAGGCUGUUCUUGACACUAGGUGCACUCAACUCCACAUCCUCUUAUACCCCAUCAGCUCCAUUUAUUUUCCAGCUUGCUCCGUUCCCAUUUAGCCCCUUAUAUCCAGCCAAACAGAAGCUGCUUGGGCAUGCGGUGGCUGGACAUGCAGGCUACAUAACCCAGAAAACGAAGCCUCGCCUGCCUGAGGAACUCACCGAUGGGACCGUGUCCAGAUAUUUCAAUCAUUUGUAAGCUGCUCACACAAUCCAGCCUGGUUAAACCCAGGGUGGAUUGUAGAAAGGACAGCCUGAUUAUUUCAAACAGACGCAGAUGCCCCAGCAGAGGGGCCCACGCCUCACAAAUAGAGAAGGGAAAGCAUGAUGGUCACUGCAUCGCAAGCUUUCAAAUGCGCUUUUGCAGCCGUCUAGAACGCUAUUCCGAUAUUAGGAAGCCACUGCAGCUAUGCACUUUUGAAUCUAAAUUUAAAACUGCUUCAUGUGUUUAGUUUAUUGUCCUUCCCCCACGUCUCCGAUUAUCACAGUUGGCUACGUACAGUGUUACAGAAGAUCUACAUACAUACAUUCGUGGCCAAGGAAACCUGAAGAUUCGUAUGGAGUGACAGACCUGGUAGCUUCACAUAGCGUUACACAACCAAUUAAAUGAUAAUGCCACUCGACUGAUUCGGAUGAGACCUCCACUGCCAAACCGAGCUGUUCAUUUGCACACUUCAUAAGUAUGGAAACCUCUCCACUGUCUUCACACCUGCCGCAUCACCAGUGGGAAGUUGAGGGGGUGGAGUGUUUGAUGACACAAUACCCAGGUAGGUGCUUAGUUUUUAGUUUUGGUGGGGCUGAUGUUAAGGCACACACUCAAAUACAUGCAGGCACACACAUGCUUACAAGUUCAACUCUAAAUUCACACUCAUGGGGGAGGCCCAGGACCAGUUCAGAUAUAUACUACCACUCCCAAUUAUAUAUGCACGCUCAUGAUGACAUAUCUUAUCACCUAAAUACUGUACAUCUCUUACAAAUUAAGCUCGUUAUGGCUUCUAUCACUUUGAACACAUCUCUCUCCUAGCUCCAUAUAUUACAUCCCUUAAUACAUCUCUU